AUGAGGCAAACUCCAUAUUCUCAAAAUAACCAAAGGCGGCAAAGGAAUGGAAACUACACUCCGUUUCGCACCAGUGGAUCGUUGAUCACUUCCACUGCGGCAGCAGUAUGUUGUUUGUGCAUAAUGAUCGCUGCCAUUGCUGGUUGGAGGUAUUCCGAUUCAUAUUUUGAAUCGUAUGUCAAAACCACAGCCACUAUCGUAGGCGUGGAGGAACAAGUUGAAGUCGAAGACGACGGUGACAACACCAUCGAGUACACCACCGAGUACUGUCCCAAAAUACAGUUCUUUACAGUGGGCGAGGACCCUGCACGAAACAUUACCACUAUUAUGGACACAGCAUGUGACGAGGAUGUUGACGACUUCGUCCUGGGAGAUUCGGUAGAUAUUCGGUACGAUCCUUCGGAUCCAACCGACGUGGUAGAAGCAAUUAUUCCAGAGAUUAUUGAAGCGGCCGUGAUUGGUACCAUUGCCAUAACGCUAAUAUGUGCGGGUUGCUACGUCUUGAUUGGUAUACAUUUUUACAAGGCUACAAAGGGCAGCGACAAUAGCAGUAGCAACAUUCAAGAGCAACAUGCAUACAGCAACAACAACAACAGCCAGCACUCUACUCCCUCUUCCAUUCCAAUGACAAACCUCGGUGUCAAUGACACCGAGUAUAACAAUCCGUAUGGAUACAGCAACAACAACAAUACAUACGCCAAUUCGGAACCGGUUGGAAACACCUAUACCUCUUCGCAACCGGUGGAAACCACUGCGUCGGCAGUUAUUGUUUCUCCAAACGAAACGCAAGUCGGAUCAUCACCUUCCAUGGCAUCCGCCUAUCCCGAAGGAACCACCGCAAACACUGGCAUUGCGGCUGGAGAGGAAGCACCACCCAUUGUAGGCUGUGUCUUGGUCGAUGACAACAAUAAUGCUGCUUCAUCUUCCGGCGGCGUCAGCCAACAAUCUUAUCCUCGUUCCGGCGGCAGCAAUACCUAUGUGAGCCCCUCUGAUUUACCCCUGAAUCCAGUGGUACCCACUUCGUCCUAUGUGAGUCCAUCGGACAUUCGUGAAGCAAUGGCGACUGUGGAUAGGCCUUACCGGUAA